CACUCCAGCCUGGCCACAGAGUGAAACUCCAUCUCAAAAAGAAAAAAAAAAUUUAAAAGAGGAUGGUCAAGCUGAGAAGAAACUUGGCAUCCCCAAGAUUUCCUCUACCUAAGUCUGCUGCCACCCACUGCUGCUGGGUUGCAAGAGAGCCUCUGUGCCCAACACCUGUCCCAGGUUUUGGCACCAAAUGUAAGAGUUAAAGAAAGAGGAGGGAAACAAGAAAAGUGGCUCACUGUCAACGACAGGUUUAUUUUGCAGGAUAAACCUGAGCGGGGCUUCUGGUAGGGUUAAGUCAGGAGUGUUCUCUCCUGCAGACUCAGGGUGCUUAAGGGUUUAGGAAGGGGGAACUUAUCACAGGCUCGGAAUGUUUCUGUGUGAGAGAAAGUUUAUUGGGGGUUGCCAUGUCUCUGGUUGGAAGGGACGUUAUCUUGGGGUUGGUGUGUUUCUGGUCAGAGGACGUUUAUCACAGAGCUGGAAUGUUUCUGAUCAUGCUGACAUCAGCCAUUAGGCUGACAUUUUUGGGCUGGGUUUUAGGUGGUUUUUAAUCAAGAGAACUUAAAAUGGCGGUCCGUGUUCAAGAUGGCGCCGUGUGUCCAAGAUGGUGGUGUGUGUCCAAGAUGGCAGCAUAUGUCCACGAUGGUACCGUGUGUCCAAAAUGGUGGUGUGUGUCCAAGAUGGUGGCUUACGUCCAAGAUGGCGCUGUGUGUCCAACAUGGGUGCGUGUGUCCCAGAUGGCACUGAGUGUCCAAGAUGGUGCUAUGUGUCCAACAUGGGUGCGUGUGUCUAAGAUGGCACUGAGUGUCCAAGAUGGUGCUAUGUGUCCAACAUGGAAGCGUGUAUCCAAGAUGGUGGCAUGUGUCCAAGAUGGCACUGAGUGUAUCCAAGAUGGGGCUGUGUGUCCAGCAUGGUUGGCAUGUGUCCAAGAUGGCACUGAGUGUCCAAGAUGGCGCUGUGUGUCCAGCAUGGUUGCGUGUGUCCAACAUGGCCGUGCUCCUGCUCGGUCAGAGGCAGGAUGCCCAGUUCCCUGAAUCCUGGCAGGGCGUGGCAGCCAGGGCCACCCGCACUGGGGGCAGUAACCACCAUCAUUCCUGACCCCACAGCCUCUGCGGGGGUCACUGCCUCCAGGCCAGGUCUCCCUGCAGCCGGUGUUGUCUGUUCCUGCAUACAGGGGAUUGACCUAGUGCUGGCCUUCACUCCCCUCCCGCAGCCGCCAUCACUGGCAUGUUUCUGGAAUUUUCUAUGCACGGGAUGGUCUUACUUGACUGCCCCAAACUUCCAGGCUCCAGGAACCCUCUGACAAGUCUGGCUUGUGGGUUCAGGGCCCGUGUCAGCAUUCCCUGCCGGCCUCUCUGUUCCUGCCUUUUUCCUUUGCCAGCCUUUUCCCUUGAGAGCCAGAAAGACCCCUUGUCAGUCCCGAAAGGCCCCUGGCCAGACCCCAAAGGCCCCGCAGCCACACUUAGGGAAAGCUCAGCAGAUGGCUGAGGUCACCCAGGAGAGGACCUGGGAGCGUAGCCAACGCCACGUCCUGCUAAGCUUGCACCUUCUGUUCUGUCUUCUCGGGUCUUUGGUCAGCCCUCCUGACCCCUUUCUUCUGUUGCAGGGUCUGCGGUUUGAGGUGAUCCCCUCCAGGUUCAAAGAGAAGCUGGACAAAGCCGCCUUCGCAACGCCUUAUGGGUACGCCAUGGAGACCGCCAAGCAGAAGGCUCUGGAAGUGGCCCACCGCAUGCACCAGAAAGACCUGCGAGCCCCGGACGUGGUCAUCGGAGCAGACACGAUCGUGGUGAGCGCAUUCAGGGUCUCUGACAUGGAGGACACCCUGGGACAGCAGGCCCAGCGGAGAGCUGCCUGGCCUGGGGCUCCUCUCAGGGCCGCUGCCCGUGGGAUUUGUGACCCGUUCCCCGGCCUGUCCGUAAAGCUGCCACGUGUCACAGCUAGGGCACCGCUUCUGUCUCACAGGUUGAGUGGCAGAGAACACAGCGUGUUCACAGGCGUGGCCAUCGUCCAGUGCUCCAGCCAAGACAAGGAGCUGGACACCAGGGUCUUGCAAUUCUACGAGGAAACGAUGGUGAAGUUCUCGGAGCUGUCGGAGGACCUGCUCUGGGAAUACAUCCACAGCGGGGAGCCCAUGGACAAGGCGGGCGGCUACGGGAUCCAGGCUCUCGGCGGGAUGCUGGUGGAGUCGGUGCACGGGGACUUCCUCAACGUCGUGGGCUUCCCGCUGAACCACUUCUGCAAGCAGCUGAUGCAGCUGUACCCUCCGCCCCGGCCCGAGGACCUGCAGCGCGGCAAGCACGACUCCAUCCCAGCCGUGGAUGCCUUCGAAGACCUCAGCAACGUGGACAAGGGCGGCCCAGAGCCCGCUCGGAGGAACGCAGGCAGCCGCCCAGAGAAAGCCGAGGCUGGAGUGGCCAGACAGGCCACGGCGGAGGCUGAGGGGAACAGGACCCCCGAGACCCUGUGCCCGUUCCCCACACGCCUCCUGAAACUCAUCAAUGGCUUCAAAGUAUCAAAGGCCCUGUUCACCGCCUGCAAGCUGAAGGUGUUCGAUCUGUUAAAAGACGAAGCUCCCCAGAAGGCCGCGGACAUUGCCCGCAAAGUGGAUGCCUCUGUGUGCGGCAUGGAGAGGCUUCUGGAUGCCUGCGCAGCCCUGGGGCUCCUGGAGAAGUCAGAGCAAGGUUACAGUAACACAGAGGCAGCAAACCUGUACCUGGCAUCGGACGGUGACUACUCUCUGUACAGCUUCAUCACAUACAGCAGCGAGGUCACCUGGAACCUAUUUACGCACCUGGAGCUCGCCGUCCGAGAGGGAACCAACCAGCACCACAGGGUGCUGGGGAAGACGGCGGGAGAUGUAUUCCAGGACGUGCCCUACCGGAGCCCCGAGACGCAGCUGCAGUUCAUGCAGGCCAUGCACGGCCUGGCCAAGCUGAACGCGCGGCACGUGGCCACCGCCUUAGACCUGUCUGCCUUCUCCUCCGCCUGCGACGUGGGAGGGUGCACGGGCGCGCUGGCCCAGGAGCUGGCCCGGGAGUACCCGCAUCUGCAGGUGACCGUGUUCGACCUCCCCGACACCAUCGAGCUGGCCGCACGCUUCCAACCCACUGGGCCGCAGGCGGCUCAGAUCCGAUUCGCCGCUGGUGACUUUUUCCGGGACCCCCUCCCCGCUGCAGACCUGUACGUCCUAUGCCAGAUCCUGCACGACUGGCCGGAUGACAAAGCCCACAAGAUACUCGACCGCGUCGCGCAGAGCUGCAAGCCAGGGGCCGGCGUGCUGCUGGUGGAGAUGCUCCUGGAUGAGGAGAAGAGGCAGGCGCGGGGCGGCCUGAUGCAGUCGCCGAACAUGCUGCUGCAGAUGGAGGGCAGGGAGCGGAGCCCGGGCGAGUAUCAGCGCUUGCUGGAGCCACACGGCUUCCGCCAGGUGCAGGUGGCGCGCUUGGGGGGUUUCCUGGAUGCCAUGCUGGCCACCAGAGUGGGUCCCUGAAGUCCAGGCAGCGAGCUCAUGAUAGGGACACCCUCCCGCAGGCUGCAGGGGGCCGCCCCAUCCCCAGCUGCCACAGGACAGUCACUCAGGAACGUGCCCUCAUGGGCGAAUAAAGAAAGUGAAAGCCUG